AUGCUUCGCCCUCGUUAUAGACCUGGUUGGAUCCCAUCAUGGAGGAGCACUCACCGAUAUUAUUGGACAUGUGAAGACGGGAUUCAAGUCUCAUUUCCUCAGAUUUUGGACGCGACACGCGUCUCGGAUGGUGCACUAGUCGCCUUAAAAAGACUUUCCACGUCUCUUCAUCCUUAUGAAGUCGAGAUUUGCCAACUUUUUUCUUCCGAACCCUUCUCUUCGGAUCCCAGCAAUCAUUGUGUUCCCAUCCACGAAGUACUGCAUGUUCCAGAUCAAGAACAUACUGUGCUCCUAGUAAUGCCUUUGUUGCGGGAGUACAACGACCCUCGAUUUCAAACAGUAGGAGAGGCUGUGGAGUACUUCAGGCAAGUGUUCGAGGGACUGCAAUUUAUGCAUAGAAAUAAUGUUGCUCAUCGCGAUUGUAUGAAUUUAAACAUCAUGAUGGAUCCGAGGCCCCUGUAUCCGAAGAUGUACCACCCACAAGCCGAGCUACAGACUCCUGAUCUCAAAGCAAUCGCGAAGCAUUAUACGCGCACAGCUCACCCCACGCGAUACUAUCUUAUUGACUUCGGUCUGUCUCGGAAAUACAAUCCUGAUGACGGACCUCCGCGGGAACAUCCCAUAUGGGGUGGGGACAAGACAGUUCCUGAGUUCCAAAAAUCCGAUGAUCCUUGCGACCCUUUCCCCACCGAUAUUUACUACCUGGGAAAUAUGAUCAGGGAGGAUUUUCUCCAAACAUUGCGUGGUGUCGAAUUCAUGAAACCUCUUGUUGACGAUAUGGUGCAGGACGACCCAGGAAAGCGACCCACUAUUGAUGAAGUGGUUACGCGAUUUGAGGACAUCCGCCGGAAACUCGGAUACUGGAAGCUUCGUUCUAGGCUUGCAGAACAGGACGAAACGGUCGGCAUUCGCAGAUAUCGACGUCUCAGACACUUCUUUCGUACAGUUGGUUACACCUUUACGUUGCGCUCCCCCAUACCCACUGCUUGA